AAGGCGAUACAUACAUGUAUACAUACAAUCUCUCUCUCUCUCCUCUCUCUCUCCUUUCUCUUUCUGUCUGCUCCACACAGAAGAGCUCACCAUACAUAUACGUGAAAGCAAAUUAAUAAAAAAAAAUUGAAUAAAACGAAAAUUCUUUACGUACAGAUACUGUUUUCGAAGUUCGAAGCUCUGUGUGUGUUCCUUCGCUCCAGAAUUCGAAGCUUCUCGGUGCAUUGGAAGAUCUCUCUCGAGUGAAAUAAAAGCAUGAUUUUGUGAGGAGUAACGGAGUUAAUUAACGGAGAAGGAUGAAGAGGUCUGGAGAUGAACUGUACAUGAGCCCUGUUAAACGCCCUACUAACUCCUCUCGUGCUGAACUGCCUGUGCAACAGCAGAUGAUGAGUGGAAACGGCAUGCAGAAGCUAACAACAAGUGAUGCCCUUGCAUAUCUCAAGAAUGUGAAGGACAUCUUUCGAGACAAAAGAGACAAAUAUGAUGAGUUUCUUGAAGUUAUGAAAGAUUUCAAGGCUCAAAGAGUUGACACAUCUGGUGUCAUAGCAAGGGUGAAGGAUCUGUUUAAAGGGCAUCAAAACCUAAUUUUGGGAUUUAAUACCUUUUUGCCAAAGGGAUAUGAGAUCACCCUUCAAUCUGAUGAUGAACUACAACCACCUCCAAUCAAAAAACCUGUUGAAUUUGAAGAAGCAAUAUGUUUUGUAAACAAGAUAAAGACUAGAUUUCAAGGUGAUGAUUCUGUAUAUAAAUGUUUCCUUGACAUUCUGAAUAUGUAUAGAAAGGAAAACAAAUCAAUCUCAGAGGUUUACCAAGAGGUUUCUUCUCUUCUUCAUGAACACACUGACUUGCUUGUGGAGUUCGCCAAUUUUUUACCGGAUACAUCAGCAACAGCUUCAGUCAAUAGAACUCAUAUCUUGCGUCGUGAUGAUAAAAUAGCUCCUAUGAUCACGGGAAGGCCUGCUGAAAAGAGGGCCAAUGCUUUGCAUGCAGACCAUGGCCAUGGUCUGGAUCGGUCUGACCCAGAACAGUGCAGACGGGAAAGAAGAGAAAGGGAUUUUGAUGAAAAGGAGUUGGACAAGAAGUCUGCCUUUAGAGAAGAUUCCGCUGCUGGUCAUUUUAACCAAGGUGGGGAAGGUGUGCUCGAUCAAGAUUUAAUGUUCUUUGAUAAUAUUAAGGAAAGAUUGCAGAACUCUGAUGAUUACCAGCAACUUUUGAAGUGUCUUCACACAUAUUCUGGAGAAACAAUCACAAAAGAACAGUUGGUAUCCCUGGUCAGUGCCUUGCUUGGAGGACAUCCAGACCUUAUGGGAGGUUUCAAUGAAUUUAUAACCCGUUGUGAUAAUAUAGAUGGUUACCUUACUGCUACUCUGAAUAAAAGAUCCCUAUGGAAUGAUGGGAAAGUUCCCAGAUUGGUGAAGUCAGAAGACAGGGAUAGAGACCGGGAUUGUGAGUGUGAAGAGAGAAAUCAAGAUCGUGAUACCAGAGAAAGGGAUAGACUUAAAGAAUUACAUGGGCAGAAGAUGUUUUCAAGCAAGGAUAAGUAUAUUGCAAAACCUAUACAUGAACUCGACCUCUCUAACUGUGAACGCUGCACUCCCAGUUAUCGACUUCUCCCAAAGAAUUAUCCAAAUCCAAUAGCAAGCCAGAGAACAGAGAUAGGAAAAGAGGUAUUGAAUGAUCGUUGGGUAUCUGUAACUUCUGGGAGUGAAGAUUACUCUUUCAAACAUAUGCGGAAAAACCAAUACGAAGAGAGCUUGUUUCGAUGUGAAGAUGACAGGUUUGAGCUGGAUAUGCUUUUGGAAUCCGUGAAUGUUACUACGAGACGUGUUGAAGAAUUGCUUGACAGGAUCAAUGAUAAUACAAUAAAUAGCGACAGUCCCGUUCGAGUUGAAGACUAUCUCACCGCUCUAAACCUAAGAUGUAUUGAACGCCUGUACGGUGAUCAUGGGCUUGAUGUUAUGGAUGUGUUGAGGAAGAAUGCACCUCUUGCUCUGCCAGUAAUUCUAACACGAUUGAAACAGAAACAAGAGGAGUGGGCAAGGUGUCGUUAUGACUUUAAUAAAGUCUGGGCCGAAAUUUACGUUAAAAACUAUCAUAAAUCGCUGGAUCAUCGUAGCUUUUAUUUCAAGCAGCAGGACACAAAGAGCUUGAGUACUAAAGCAUUAUUGGCCGAAGUCAAAGAAAUCAGUGAAACGAAGUGCAAAGAGGACGAUGUGCUUCUUUCCAUGGCUACUGGGAAUAGACAGCCAGUAAUUCCUCAUUUGGAAUUCGCGUUUCCUGAUCCCGACAUCCAUGAGGACCUUUAUCAGCUCAUAAAGUUUUCUUGCGAAGAAUUUUGCACUGCUGAACAGGUUGAUAAAGUUAUGAAGGUUUGGACUACUUUUCUGGAACCAAUGUUUGGAGUUCCAAGUCGUCCUCAAGGCGCCGAGGAUGGAGAAUACAUUGAAAAGGAAUGCGAUCAAGUUGUUGAAAGUAUCGCUUUUGCUGUUGGAGAAACAGAAGGGAGUCCUAGCACAGCGAUUACUUCCAGACAAUCAAACACUUCCAAAAAUCGCGUUGAAGAACCUCUACCUGAAAACUCAAGUUCAUCCCGAGCUUGCUUGGCUGAUAAUGGUGAUUUAGUCAAAGAUAAUGGUUCUCAUGGUCUAAAUAGUUCUGCAGGUAACCUUGGCAAGUCACCAAGCCGCCCAAGCGGUGCCAACAUGAUUGAUGCAACUUUGGCUGAGCAGUUAGCCCAUUUAAGUGCCAUUUCUGGGAAGGAAACCACUGGGCGAAUUGGUAGAGAAAAUACUUCUGCUUUGCCAAAUCUUCCUAGUUUGACCAGGCUUUGUGUCACUGCAGUCCCUUCCAGAACAAGUGAUUUGGCUGUUGAUAGUGGAAAGGAGGUUAGCUUCACGAAAGCAGUGCAAGAUGGCAAUGAAGCUAAAAAAUCUCACGAACAUUCUGUAGAAAAAUUAAAAAUCGAGAGAGAGGAGGGCGAAUUAUCUCCGAAUGAUGAUUUCGAGGACAAUUUCGGAGCAAGUAACGAGUCUGAAGUCGAGACGGCAAAUACUACAAAGGAUACAACCGCUAACAAACAGUUCCAAACUGGAGAUAGAGAAGAAACUGGAAAUGAUGCCGAUGCAGAUGAUGAAGGCGAUGAGAGCGCUCAAAGGACGUCGGAGGACACUGGAAAUGCGUCCGAACACGGGGACGUUUCGGGAAGCGAGUCUGCCGAUGGAGAAGGCUCUCAUGAUGAACCUGAUGAAGACGGGGACCAUGACGAGAAUGAAAACAAGGCCGAGAGUGAAGGGGAAGUCGAAGGAAUGGAUGAUGUUCAUGAUACCGAAGGAGAUGGCGUUCCGUUGCCAUUGUCGGUCCGUGGUAUACAGACCGCUAAGCCUCUCACCAUGCUAGUUCCCCCGCCAUUGCAUGAUAAGGAUGGCCUGAGAAUCUUUUACGGAAAUGAUUCCUUCUAUGUGCUCUUCAGACUUCACCAGACAUUGUAUGAGAGAAUGCACAAGGCGAAGUUGCAUUCUUCGUCGGUUGAGAACAGAUGGAGAGCCUCAAACGAUGCAAACCCCACUGAUAUAUAUGCUAGAUUUAUGACUGCACUUCGCAAUCUGCUCGAUGGUUCCUCUGACAAUGCAAAGUUUGAGGACGACUGCCGAGCGAUUAUUGGAGCCCAGUCCUAUCUUCUCUUCACAUUAGAUAAGCUGAUAUAUAAGUUGGUCAAGCAGCUCCAAACAAUUGCGACUGAUGAGAUGGAGAACAAACUUCUUCAGUUAUAUAUGUAUGAGAAGUCGAGAAAGUCUGGCGUGUCUUUCGAUGUCGUUUAUCAUGAAAACGUGCGCGUUUUUCUUCAUGAUGAGAACAUUUAUAGGAUACAAUGUUCGUCAUCGCCGGCGCAGUUGUCCAUCCAGCUCAUGGAUUACGGGUAUGAUAAGCCUGAAGCAACUGGCGUUGUUAUGGACCCGAACUUUGCUGCUUAUUUGAGCAACGAUCUACUCUUGUGUGCUCCCGAGCAAAAGGGAAUCCCUGGGGUGUUCUUGAAGAGAAAUAAACAAAAAUAUCCAUCCCAGGAUGAGACCUCCGCUACACUCGAGGCAAUAGCGGGACUCAAAGUUCUGAACGGUCUGGAAUGCAAGAUAGCUUGCAAGUCACUGAAGGUCUCGUAUGUUCUGGACACCGAAGACUCGAUGUUCAGGAUGAAUAAACGGAGGAGAACACUGCACCCGAGUGUCUCGUUCAACAACAGCUCCAAUUCUUUCAACGGGUCCCAUCGAGCACAGCGCUUCCGUAGAUUACUUUUCAGUUGACAAAUGUGAGUUUUUCUUUUUAUUGACAGCAAGGUGUUAAGGUGGUAUAGCAUAGAGACUGAA